AUGGACCAGCGAAAGCAGCACAAAGUGGAGCGUUUUCUCAAGCUGGGCUACUCCCACGAAGAUAUCGAUAGGGUCCUCAAGAGCCUCAACCAUGACGCCCAGACCAACGACAUUUUAGAAGAGCUAAUCAAGACCUGCCACAUUCCAAGUGGCACAAGCAGCCCUAAAUUGGUAUCAAGAGGCUGCAGCCCCAGGCCGACCAGACCACUACCAGACAAAGAAACCGCUUUGGCUUUCAGACCAGUUGUCAUAGAUGGGAGCAAUGUUGCCAUGAGUCACGGAGACAAGAAAGUGUUCUCGUGUCAAGGCCUCCAGAUGGCAGUGAACUGGUUUUGGGAGAAAGGACUCCGAGACAUCACUGUUUUUAUUCCCCUAUGGAGGAAGGAGCAGCCACGGCCCGAGGCCCCUAUUACAGAUCAGCACAUUCUCCAUGAGCUGGAAAGGAGGAAGGUCUUGGUGUACACACCAUCUCGUUGCGUGAACGGCAAGAGGGUGGUGUGCUACGACGACCGCUACAUCGUUAGGCUCGCUUAUGACGUAGACGGAAUCAUCGUCUCCAACGACAACUACCGUGACCUUCAGACGGAGAAUGCCCAAUGGAAGAAAUUCAUCGAGGAGAGGCUGCUGAUGUACACCUUUGCCAAUGACAAAUUCAUGCCUCCUGAUGAUCCUUUGGGAAGAAGCGGUCCCACCAUUGAUGAUUUCCUACGAAAGAAACCAAAGAAUUUUGACAACAAACAGCAACACUGUCCUUACGGAAAAAAGUGUACAUAUGGCGUUAAGUGCAAGUUCUUCCAUCCGGAAAGGACCAACCAGUCACAGCUGUCCGUGGCCGAUGAGCUCAGAGACAGAGCCAAGACGUCGGGGUACAAACCUAGCACGCAAAACACACAGGCAUACACCCCCUCUACCAAGGCAGAUGAGCCUCUGCACAGUGACCACUUCAUCAAUCAAAGAGACGUUAGCGGCCUCAGAAACCCGCUGGGCCUUCUACCCUGGACAACGACUGAAGCGGAAGACGCGUUCAGCUCGCUGGACAGCGGCAUAUCUAAACUUUCUAUUCAGGAUGGGUCCUACAGCAUGAGCAGGCCCCCCUACAGUUACAGCAGCGGGGUAGGCAGCUUUAUCCCGAGUCACGACGACUUCUCCCUCUCGGGGUCACAUGGCGUCGCCAACCAAAUGUGGUCUGAAGGACCAUACUACUUCCCUCCAAAUAGCAGCGAGGGAUCUCCGUGCGCCAACUGUAUAUGUUGUCACCAUCAAUUUCCCCACAGCGCUCACCACGCUGCGUGGAGUUCAUGCCCAGCCAUGCCUCUACAUCAGCAGCAACAUCCUUCACAUUUUUCAGAAACGCAAUAUUUCAGACAACCCGUACACAAGCAAAGUCAAAGCCUGCCUGGAGACCCGCGGGUGCGCGGCAAUCACUUCAGCAGUCCAUCCAGCGAGCUACGGAAGGAGAUGAGGAGCCAGCUGACCACACUGUUUCCAAAGGACAUUGUUGAAGGAGUCAUGAACGCUUUCCCGCACGUGUCGGACAUGUCAGAAUUGAUCUCGCUCAUCCAGAGCUACAGGAGCAGCCACAUUGCUGUCUGA